UCGCUUAUCUACCGUCGCGCGUGUUUCUAAAUCAAUAGUUCAGUGCAUGGUGCAAACAUGGUAAAAGCCAAUGCUUCCCAAUCGGGUAACAAACGUUCUAGCAGCGAGGCUCUUUCUUCGGGGCAUGCGCACAAGAAUAAAUACUCUCCUCUCGCAAAUCUUGACAAUACAAAUGAUGACAACUCAGAGAAAACUGACAUGGAUCCUGUAGAGGUGAUUCAAAUGGUUCAAAAAAUUCCCCCACUAUAUAUUUAUGAUAUUGUCGACUAUAUUGAGUUCCUAAAUAAGAUUACACCUUUGAUAUUAGACAAUUUUAAUAUAAUUAACAAUAAUAUUUUCUUUAAGUUGAACUUAUCAACAGUUAACGACUACCGUACAAUCACAAAAUACUUAUCUGAAGAAAACAUUAAAUAACACACCUAUCAACUUCCUGAGGAAAGAAACCUAUCUGUAAUAAUCAGAAAUAUACCUACUUCUAUUCCCGAAGAAACCAUUUUUUCGGCCCUCGUUGAACUAAAAUGUAAUGUCACAUCGGUCACACGUCUCCAAAAUCGUUACAAAUCUCCUAUACCAAUCGUUACUGUAUUACUAGACAAAUCCGAGAAAAACAUAUUUUCACUUGAUCGCCUCCUUCAUUGCGUUAUCUCGGUCGAGAGUCGCAAAAGCGAUUCGUCCAUACCACAAUGCAAAAACUGCCAACGUUUCCAACACACAAAAAACUUCUGCAAUCUCCCCCCUAGAUGUGUCAAAUGCUUAGAAAACCACCAUUACUCUGAAUGCACUAAGGAAAAAAACAGUCCACCUGUAUAGUGUGUCAAUUGUAAUGAAAAUCCCCCUGCUAAUUAUAGAGGUUGUAAAAUAUACAAUCAAAUAAAAAAUAAAAAAAGUACCUCCCAACUAUCCAAGAACACUCCUAAACACAUUACACAACAGAGUUGUGUAUACGAUAACAAAAAUAUCCAAUCCAUAACCAAUACGGUUAUCAAAAAUCCCCAAAACCCAGUUUUAAACCAAACAAAUCCCAACACAAGCAAUACUCCAACCUAUGCUGACAAAACUAAAAAUAAAAAAACCAAUCUUCAACAAGAUGAAGAAUUAAAUAACUCAAAU